AUGUCUGGGCGAUUCCAAGUUCGCCAGGCGGCGGAGAGAGACUGUGCUGACAUCGUGCGCCUGAUCAAGGAACUUGUCACGUACGAGAAACUCCUGGGCCAGGUGGACAUCACAGAGGAGGACCUCCGUCGUGAUGGGUUUGGAGGGAAGCCGCUCUUCCACUGCCUGGUAGCCGAGGUGCAGCAUCAGCAUCAGCAAGGGGCCAUGCUGAUUGGCUACGCGCUGUUCUACGACACCUACUGCACCUGGGUGGGACGCUCGGCAUACCUGGAGGGCCUCUACGUCACCACAGAGUUCAGAGGAAGAGGAGUUGGCAAGGAUCUCCUGCGGAAGGUUGCGGAGGUUUGCCGGCUGAACGGCUGCGUGCGUCUCACUUUGUCUGUGCUGGACUGGAACGCCCCGGCCAUGGACUUCUACCGGGCACGGGGCGCCAGCGACCUCACAGCCGCCGAGGGCUGGCACCUCGUCCGCUUCCAGGGGGCCGCCCUCGCCUCGCUGGCCGUGGUGGGGGGGGGCACGGCCGUGGUGGGGGGGGGCACGGCCGUGGUGGGGGGGGGCCUGACCAGCCCCGCGCCGGCCACUCCUUCCUCCUAAGGGCACCUCGCCAGCAAACCCGCGCGACAUUCACCACGCUACAGCCACACCACGCUACAGCCACACCACGCUACAGCCACGCAACACCGAAUACCCACACCGGCCCACCACCACCCACACCACACUACAACCACCACCACCACCACCACCACCGUACCACCCCAUGCCGCUACCGCUACCCCCCCCCCCCCCCCCACUGUGGCAGGUCGAGACUCUGACCAUGCAGUAAUAAAGUGGAGGUGGA